AUGUCCAGGGUGCUGCGGCAAGCAACGCAAGUCAUCACGCGCCAUGGAAGACAGGGGGAAUGGCGCCAAGCGCUAGCGCGGUUUCUUCAGCUUGAGAAGGUCGGGGGGUACUUUUCAUGUCGAGUUUGCCGCAAUGCCUUAGUGGCCGCUCUUUCGAGAGGCAAGCAGUGGCAACGAGCAGCACUGCUCGUGACGGAGUUUCAGCAGAAGUCCAUGCACCCGUCGCUUGCAGCAGUCACUGCUGCUGCUGCAGCCUGCGGACAAACUGCCAGGUGGCCACUCGCUGUGCAUUUGUUAGAAUCUGUGGCACUAGACUUGAAAGCCGUCUGCAUCGCGAUAGAUGCUUGUGGACGAGGCGCCGCUUGGCAGGUAGCGCUGGGAUACUUUGCUCGAACGCUGCGGCGGGACAUUGCGAUUGUGAAUGCCAUAGGAACUGCUUGCGCUCGUGGUGGUGAGUGGGCACGGGCUUUGCGCAUUUUGCGACGCGGUGUGGACCCUGAUGUUGUCACGUUCGGAUCUGCGAUUGCAGCUUGCAACCUGGGCUCAAAGUGGAGGCUCGCACUGUCGCUUCUGCACGAGAUGCCUUUCCGUGGGCUGGUGGCCAGUGCAGCCUGCAUUGGUGCAGCCAUGGCUGCAUGCGAGAAAGGGUCGAAUUGGCAGCAGGCGCUUUCUCUGCUAAGUGCCGGCGCUGGCUCCGCUUUGGUCGGUACCGCUAUUGUUUCCUUGGCGGGCGCCUCUGAAUGGGAGAAGUCCUUGGGGCUGCUGUCGGCGUCCAUCCGAGAUCUUCCCGCCACUUGCGCGACGAUCCUUGCGUGUGAGCGGUGCUCAGCCUGGCGCGCGGCCCUUCAGCUCACCGAGGAGGCUGGUGCGAAGCUUGUGUUUGCUCUGGACAGCACAGCGCCAGUUGCAGCCAUGAGAUGCAUCUUGGCCUCGCAGCAGUCCAAGCACCUGGCUUUGUCGCGGCAUGCAUCUCAUGCCUCAGCUACUGCGCGGCGAGCGGCCAAGGUCAGCACAGCAGCUCUUGCUGAGCAGGAAUCCACUUUGACAUUUCUUCAGGACCUCGGUUUCUUCACCCACGAGACAUCUGUGUGCCGGGAGUUUCAUCGAAGAGUCGAAGCUGCGGCGCAGCUACAGCUAGCGAAGUUGGUCACUGGUUCAACAUCGGAGGUGCUGGCGGCGCCGUCCAAUCUGUCCACCCUUGCUGAGCUCGGGCCCGCGGUCUCACGUGAUGUUCUAUGCUCUAAGCUUCCACUUGAGAUGCCACACUCUUGGCAAGAACUUGCUCGUGGAGCCGUUUCAGCCAGUUUUGCCGCUGAGCCUUUUUCGUCACCUACUCGCCCCGCGGCAAGUCUACUGCGGGCGUGGCUCUGGGCAAAAGUAUCUUACAGCGGAGUGGGCUUAAACAUUCAGCGAGUGCGUCCAGGUCCCUCAAAGCAAGUGGCGGUUUGGAUUUUAUUGGCAUUCUAUGAACCUAUUUGUUUUGGACCUUGUUUUCCGGGAGGGACGAUAUGCCACGGAAAUGCGGGAAAGAAGAAAGACAGAAAGAGAGGAGAACAGAGAGAAAAGAAUGCGCGUGAGCACUGUGUGCACAUACACACACAUCCGCACUAA